GCGGGGAAGCCAGCCUGGCUCCUGGCUUUGGGGCUGGGAAUUGUGGGAGGAGGGCCGGGCCCCACUGGAGGCACCCUUUUGUGUAAGGACCCAAGGAACCAGUCCUCCGUCUGGCCACAGGGACACUGGGUUGUGGCAUUUCUCCAGCUGCUCCUCAGGGGGAGGGAAGACCUCCCUGGAGCCAACAGGCCUAGCCUCUGACCCUGGAAACACCCAGCCCAGGCCUGCCUGAGAGCCAACAAGUCAGGGGGCAGCAAAUUUUUAACCAGACACAUAGAUCAUUAACUGGGGUAGGAAGGAGUCCAAAUUCAGCAUCCCUCGGGGGCAGAGACCAGCUGGGCUUUGAGCCUCCUGUGGAGAUGCUGGGCCCCCGAGUCUGGUCCUCUGUGAGGCAGGGGCUGAGCAGGGCCUUGUCCAGCACCGUGGGGGGCUGGGCCUCAGGGGAGGGGAGGAAGGUGGACAUCUCAGGCAUCUACCCCCCUGUGACCACCCCCUUCACUGCCACGGCCGAGGUGGACUAUGGGAAACUGGAGGAGAAUCUGCACAAACUGGGCACCUUUCCCUUCCGAGGCUUCGUGGUCCAGGGCUCCAACGGCGAGUUCCCCUUCCUGACCAGCAGUGAGCGCCUGGAGGUGGUGAGCCGCGUGCGCCAGGCCCUGCCCAGGGACAAGCUCCUGCUAGCCGGCUCCGGCUGCGAGUCCACUCAGGCCACGGUGGAGAUGACGGUGAGCAUGGCCCAGGUCGGGGCUGACGCCGCCAUGGUGGUGACUCCUUGCUACUAUCACGGCCGCAUGAACAGCGCCGCCCUCAUUCACCACUACACCAAGGUUGCCGACCUGUCUCCAAUUCCUGUGGUGCUCUACAGUGUCCCAGCCAACACGGGGCUGGACCUGCCUGUGGAUGCGGUGGUCACGCUUUCCCAGCACCCGAAUAUCGUGGGCAUCAAGGACAGCGGUGGUGAUGUGACCAGGAUCGGGCUGAUUGUUCACAAGACCAGGAGGCAGGAUUUCCAGGUGUUGGCUGGAUCAGCUGGCUUCCUGCUGGCCAGCUAUGCCGUGGGAGCUGUAGGGGGCGUGUGUGCCCUGGCCAAUGUCCUGGGGGCUCAGGUGUGCCAGCUGGAGCGACUCUGCCUCACAGGGCAAUGGGAAGAUGCCCAGAAGCUGCAACACCGCCUCAUCGAGCCAAACACUGCGGUGACCCGGCGCUUCGGGAUCCCGGGGCUGAAGAAAACCAUGGACUGGUUUGGCUACUACGGAGGCCCCUGCCGCGCCCCCUUGCAGGAGCUGAGCGCCGCCCAGGAGGAGGCGCUGCGCCUGGAUUUCACCAGCAACGGCUGGCUCUGAGCGUGAGGACGGGACGGCCGGACCGCGCACAUCCCAGCCUCUUGCCUUGCGGUAGCAGCCUGAAGAGGAACGUGGGGGGACGAGGGCUCAAGGCCCCUCUUCUUAUUUCAGUCAUCCAGGUAGCCUCUCUCCAGGCGCUGCCAUGCACGCUCGUUUCCUGUUCUCCCGGCCCCGUGACCUCUCGCAUUUGUAUCCUGAACUCUGGGUCUCUAGAGACCUUCAGUCUUGGAAGGAGCAAUGACUUACUUGUCUCUCUACUGUGCUUUUCUAUCCCUUGAGACACGUGAACCGGGACCCAGAGGGGAAAGUCACGGGGGCAGUUGGGCACAGAAAUGCCAUGUUUUACUGAAAGGAAGACUGCUUAGACUUGGGGGUACAAACCUGAGUCCAGCACAGUGCAGCAGGAAGCCAGGGUGACUCCUGAGAACCCAACUUCUGACUCCUUCCAGGGGAAGCAAUAGCUUGGGAAACCUGAUCAGAAAGGUGUCACUGGUCUUUCAAAGACACCCCCCCACCCCGCAAGCUGCAUUCUAAUCCUUUCCUAAACCUAUUUUGAUUGAUCUCAUAUUGUCUCUAGCCUUUAUCCCAACCAUCACGUGCACCAGUGAGACAGCCCAGUGGCUUGCCAGAACUGGUAAAUAAUGACACCUGGUGGAUAAAUGUUCCAUUCUAGAAGGCUAUUCUAGCCAACCCAGGUCUGAAACAUUAGGAAAGGGGACUUGGCCUGAGAUAGGACCAUCCUCUUGCCUAUACACACUCUGCUUUUAUUGUUAGGAACAAUUACUUUGUUACUGCAAUAAAAUUGAGUAAGUUAAAUUAGUGUGGCUAUGUACAGAUUAACACUCCACUGCUAUGCAGAUCUUAGGUUUCCAGCCCAGAUAUCAAGAACCUUCCCAGAGGCAAUUUAGCUCCCAAGGUCUGUGUUUUCCCAGCUCUGAGAGAGGCCCUAAGAAUACUGAGCAAACAUAACCAUUAGAUUAUUGGAGGCCUAGGGAAAAAGUUGUUGACGUUUUAAAUGGUAGAGGUAAGAGGCAAAUAGGUUCAAGUGAGAUAUUUAGAAACACUUAGCACAUUCAUUAAAAGGCUGCUUUCUCUAAAAUGUUCAACCUUGGGAAUUCCCUGGCGGUCCAGUGGUAGCAAUCCGCACUGUCACUUCCGAGGGCCUGCAUUCAGUCCCUAGUCAGGGAAUUAAGAUCCCACAAGCAACGCGGCAAAAAAAAAAAAAGUUUAACCUUAUUCAGUGAUAUCUGACUAGUGGCAGAAAACCUGAGAUGAAUUUUUUAAAAACUACUCUCGUAAAAAAUAAAUAAAUAAAUAAAAACCACUCUCGUUUAAAAGAAAGGUAAACAGAUCCUUGUUUAGGGCAAGGGCUAAAGGAGAGAAUAUAAAAGGUAUCAACCUUCAGCAGAAACGGGGCAUCUGGUUGGCACUGAAGCUUGGGGCUUAGCACCUGGGCUCUUCUCACAGGCAACUUCUGGAAGAUCUGGGCUCAGAGGAGAAUCAGGUUUAGGGAUGGGGCAAAAAGUUAGGGCUAGGGAGGCAGCCUAGUAUACUGGUGAAGAGCUCAGUCUCUGGGAUUUCCAUUCUUGGAUUUGUACCUUAGUGUCUGCAAGACCUUAGAAAACUAUUUAACUGCCCUGAACCUCAUCUGUAAUACAGGGAUAAUAAUGGUACCUUCCUCUCAGGGCUUAUAAGGUCAUGCAAGUGAAUGGGUUAGCAUGGAAGGUGACUGUUCAGAGAAAGACUUGCCUGAGGUAACCCAACAGGUGUGACAAUAAAUGGUCUCAGGACUUGGGCACCCUGACUUUCAAGAUGAUGAGGAAUUCAGUGGAAAGUGCUUUGGAGUCAAAAAGUCCCAGAUACAAAUCCCACCCAGCUCUGCCACUUACUAGUUUGGGCAACCUGAG